AAAUGCGCUUCCAAAUCGUCGGUGCGGCGCUUGCCCUCAUCUCUCCCCUUGUCUCCGGCCUUGGAAUCAACUGCCGGGGAAGCAGCAACUGCCGCGGCUGUGCUGUUAACCUCUCGUGGUUGCAGGACCAGAUGAACGGCAUCUCCGAUGACACUUGGUUUGCCAAUGGGCAGCACGUUACUUGCCACAGCUGCGAGGGCUCGCUCCAGAAUGGCCAAGUCUGCGUCUUCGUCCAGAAUUACCCUCAGGGCCUCGAUGCUGGCACCAUCAAGUCGAAGCUGGGUGACCUUGCCAACCACGGGUGCAAUUCUUGCGGUAGUUGCCCAAUCCUUCCUGGAAACGAUGUCAGCACCGGCAUGGUGACUGUCAACUAUGUUGCUUAAAGGCAGAUGUAUUAUGCUUGCAGCUCGUGGGUCCAAGGCAACUGCGGGCUGGUUAAUUACAAUGGAUGAAGGGUCAGAACUUGGAAAUCAAUGUGCAAGUGAUGAAG